UAUAAUAUUAUAUAAUAUACUAGUAAGAAAAUUAAAUACCAAACUCUUUACACACACAAAAAAAUUAGCAACCAAAUCUCAAAUUAAAUGGCACCAAACAAGAAAGAUAUAUCUAAGAUAGGCCAAGAAGCCUUUACUCUUCUUGAUGAAUUCCAUGAAAAAAAUACAAGGCCUAGUGUUAAAACAACCAAUAAAAAUUACUUUUAUUAUAACCAAUAUCAACCCCAAAAAUCUCAUAUUGUUCAAUUCAAACCAGCUGAAGAGAGAGUUAUGAAUAGUUAUGAAGCUGUGAAGUUCUAUGGAGGGGUUCUUGUUUGUGAUUAUUCCAAGAGAAAACCAAAAGUUAUGACUUAUUAUUAAGCAUAAAUUAAUUCAGGAUCUAGAAUUAGUGAGUUCAAAAUUAUGUAUGUGUGUGAUCGAUCUUAUUGUAUUGAUAUACGUACACAUAAUACGU